AUGGAUAUAUUGCCAUUGAAUUUCCGAGUUCUCUGGUUCUGUGGUGCAUGGAGCGAAAAGAAAGAUAAUAACGGUCUUUUUAUUCGUUUUUUAAGUUUCUGCUAUAGGUAUGCCAUUGUUAUUUUAAUAUAUGAAUUUACGAUAUCAGAAGUAAUUGAGCUUGUAAGAACGCACGAUAAUAUCGAAGGUAUAACUGAAGGACUUUUCUUAGCGUUAACUUAUGUAGCUUUAUGCUUUAAAUAUGGGAACUUCUUAGUUCGACAAAACGAAGUAUCCAUGUUGUUGGACUGUUUUCGAAAAGAAACAUGUCAGCCAAGGAAUUCCGAAGAAAGGAUGAUCCUUAUUAAGUACGAUCGCAAAGCUAAAUGGUGUGUCAAGACUUUCAUGAGUAUAUCUCAAGCAACUUGCAUAGCUCUUAUACUCGCUCCUAUCGUUGGACCCCAAAAUACUGACAGACCUUUACCGUUCAAGACAUAUCUACCAUACUCGAUAUCUGGUUUAUAUCCAUAUUUAGCGACCUACCUUCAGCACGUAGGCGCAAUAUUUUAUGGGGUACUCCUCAAUGUCUCGUUCGACUCCCUCGUCUAUGGUUUCACCCUUCACGUCUGUGGACAAAUCGAGCUGCUGUGUUAUCGUCUGUCCAAGAUCUACAAGGAUCAUUCGAAGCAACAUCAGUUAUACGUACACGAGAUCGUGCGCAGGAUACAGUCGUUGUUUGUGUGGACUGUGACGAUUUUAUUCAUUUUCAGCAUGGUGACUUUGUGCACCAGUAUUUUCCAAAUGUCCAAGAAGAGGCUUCUUAGCGUCGGAUUUUUGUCAUUGACUUUGUACCUCGGCUGUAUGCUGUUUCAAGUGUUCUUUUAUUGCUGGUAUGGAAACGAGCUGCAAUUAAAGAGCAAAGGCAUUGGCGACGCUAUUUAUUCAAGCAAUUGGACGGUAGCCACAACGCGAGACCGCAGAAGUCUGUUGUUCGUAAUGGCCACUAGUCAAAAGGGAUUGAAGCUGUCUUACUACGGAAUUUUUAGUUUGGCUCUCGACACUUUCACUUGGAUUUUAAAAACGUCUUAUUCUACUUUUAACGUCUUACAACAGACGUCGAUGUGAUUAGACUGAAAU